AACAAAUCUAAAAACACAAAAGGCAACAGUAAAAGGCGACAUAAAUGGUGAUGAAAAAGCAUUUUGACCUCGAUAUGAUCCCAGACAUGUCAGGAAAAGUAUGCAUAGUUACGGGAAGCAACACAGGAAUUGGCAAAGCCUGUGCAAUGGAACUCGCAAGCAAAGGAGCUCACGUUAUAGUUGCUUCUCGUAACUCGUCAAAGGGACAAGAAGCUGUAAACGAAAUCAAGGCUAAAACUGGUAAUGACUUGAUAGAAUAUUUACAACUCGACCUCUUGUCCCUUGCUUCUGUGACAAAAUUCAUUGAGGAAAUCAAAGCAAAGAAUCUGCCGAUUCAUGUUCUUAUCAAUAACGCUGGAAUCAUGGCCAAUCCUUUCACGCUCUCCGAAGACGGUAUUGAGUCACAGUUUGCAACCAAUCACGUCGGCCAUUUUUACCUAACCACCCAGCUACUCCCCAUCAUUAAACAAAGCGCACCCAGCCGUAUCAUAAAUGUCAGUUCCAACGGACAUCGCUUUAUUCAUUGCUAUGGACUGCAGCUUCCAGAGCUGAACGACGAAAAGAAGUACUCUCCUUUCUUUGCGUAUGGACGCUCUAAAGCCGCCAACAUUUUGUUCACCAGAGAGCUCAAUCAACGGCUAGAAGCAGAAGGCAUUACGAACGUCUAUGUAAAUGCCAAUCAUCCUGGGUUUGUAGACAGCGAUCUACAACGCAACACCUCUGCGAUCGUUAAGUCCAUUCUCCGCAAAUUGAUUUUGAUUAGCAGUAAAGAUGGCGCCAUUACUCAACUAUACCUUGCCACCAGUCCUGAGGUGGAGAGACAUGCUAUCAAAGGCAAAUAUUACAUUCCAUUUGGGAUGGAAAAAGACCCUCAUCAGGAAUCCAGUUCCCAGGAGAACCAAACCGCUCUUUGGGACUAUACCGAAGCCCUUUUGAAAGAGAAGAUACCCAACUAUCCUGGUGCUGGAAUUUAGUCCUACUCCAUUCAGGUAAUGUCAUAGAGUAUGAUAGAGCUUGUACCACGGACCGCGAUAAUAAUCUCCAACAUAGAAUGCCACUUACCUAUUAAUCCGUCGUUAUGCCAUGUUAUCAAUAAAUGUAUGUUGCUGAAAUGGAUGGCCUCGUGCUUGACGUUGUAAUAUGUGGAAAUGGCGCGUGCCGUCCAACCUGUCACAAAGAUGCGGCACUGACCAAGCGGCUGUUUUCAAGCGUGUUGAUCUCACAUAGUCUGAAGUAGCCAUGGGGCAGUAACGUCAAGGUUCAGCAAGACUCCCACCCAAGAAAAAAGGGUUGAGUUACCCAGUGGGAGGCUCCGAUUAUUAGCCCUUGGCUUUGCUGUGAAUCAGCCAUAAUACCAUGGAAAAGCCCGCAUGUCCGCUAACGAUCGUAAAAUAAAAUAAAAAAGUUUCAAAGAGGAAGAAACAUCACGCCAUGUAUUGUGAAAACGAUGCCCUUUGCUUUGCAACCCU